GGCACUGCGCUUUACGGCGCUUUCGCGACAGCGCGGGCCAGUGUCGCUUUACGGCGAGCCAGGCCGCGGGAUCCGCCGGGAUGAAGCAGAAAAGGAAAAACGGGAAAGGGGAGCCGAGCCAGGCCGAGCUGAUGGUGGUGACCAUCGCCGACAUCAUCCGGCAGCUGCUGGAGGCGCACGAGCAGGGCAGGGACGAGGACCUGAACAAGCUGAAGACCAGGACGUCGGCCAGGUACGGGCUGCGGGCGCAGCCGCGGCUCGUGGACAUCAUCGCCGCCGUGCCGCCGCAGUUCCGGAAGGUUCUGCUGCCCAAGCUCAAGGCCAAGCCCGUCAGGACGGCCAGCGGGAUCGCCGUGGUGGCCGUGAUGUGCAAACCCCACCGGUGCCCCCACAUCAACUUCACGGGCAACAUCUGCGUGUACUGCCCAGGCGGGCCUGACUCUGAUUUUGAAUAUUCCACCCAGUCCUACACGGGAUAUGAGCCAACAUCCAUGAGGGCCAUCCGGGCUCGGUACGAUCCCUACCUGCAGACCAGGCACAGAGUGGAGCAGCUGAAGCAGCUGGGCCACAGCGUGGACAAGGUGGAAUUCAUCGUGAUGGGCGGCACCUUCAUGGCCUUGCCCGAGGAUUACCGCGAUUAUUUCAUCCGCAAUUUGCACGACGCUUUAUCAGGCCACACCUCCAACAACGUGGCAGAGGCCGUCAGGUACUCGGAGAGGAGCCGGACCAAGUGCGUGGGGAUCACGAUCGAGACGCGCCCGGAUUUCUGCCUGCGGCCGCACCUCAGCGCCAUGCUGGGCUACGGCUGCACGCGCCUGGAGAUCGGCGUGCAGAGCGUCUACGAGGACGUGGCCAGGGACACCAACAGGGGUCACACGGUCAAGGCCGUGUGCGAGUGCUUCCACCUGGCCAAGGACGCCGGGUUCAAGGUCGUGGCCCACAUGAUGCCAGACCUGCCCAACGUGGGGCUGGAGAGGGACAUGGACCAAUUUUAUGAGUUUUUUGAGAACCCGGCAUUCCGCCCCGACGGGAUGAAGCUCUACCCCACGCUGGUGAUCCGCGGCACGGGGCUCUACGAGCUCUGGAAAACCGGGCGGUACCGGAGCUACCCGCCCAGCGCCCUGGUGGACCUGGUGGCCCGGAUCCUGGCCCUGGUGCCGCCGUGGACGCGCGUCUACCGCGUCCAGAGGGAUAUCCCGAUGCCUUUGGUCAGCUCCGGGGUGGAGCACGGGAACCUGCGGGAACUCGCCCUGGCCAGGAUGAAAGACCUUGGGACAGAGUGCCGCGACGUGAGGACAAGAGAGGUCGGAAUUCAGGAGAUCCACCACAAAGUGAGGCCCUACCAGGUGGAGCUGAUCCGCCGGGACUACGUGGCCAACGGGGGCUGGGAGACGUUCCUGUCCUACGAGGACCCGGAGCGGGACAUCCUGGUGGGGCUGCUGCGCCUGCGGAAGAGCUCCCCGCAGUCCUUCCGCCCGGAGCUGCGCGCCGGCGUCUCCGUGGUGCGCGAGCUGCACGUCUACGGCAGCGCCGUGCCCGUCAGCGCCCGCGACCCCGCCAAGUUCCAGCACCAGGGAUUUGGAAUGUUGCUGAUGGAGGAGGCGGAAAGGAUCGCCAGGGAGGAGCACGGGGCACGGAAAAUCGCCGUCAUUUCAGGUGUCGGCACCAGGGAUUACUACAGGAAGAUCGGCUACGAGCUGGAAGGGCCCUACAUGGUGAAAAGGCUGGAAUGAUCCCGGAGAGCCUCGUCCUGGAAGAGCAGGAAGGACACAACGCUUAUCCCGGGAAUGACGCUUAUCCCGGGAAUAACGCUUAUCCCGGGAAUGACACCUAUCCCGGGAAUAACACUUAUCCCGGGAAUGACACCUAUCCCGGGAAUAACACCUAUCCCGGGAAUAAUGCUUAUCCCAGGAAUAACGCUUAUCCUGGGAAUGACGCUUGUCCUGGGAAUAACACCUAUCCCGGGAAUGAUGCUUGUCCCAGGAAUAACACCUAUCCCAGGAAUAACACUUAUCCCGGGAAUAACACCUAUCCCGGGAAUAAUGCUUAUCCUGGGAAUGACGCUUAUCCCGGGAAUAACACCUAUCCCGGGAAUAAUGCUUAUCCCGGGAAUAACACCUAUCCCGGGAAUAACACCUAUCCCGGGAAUGACGCUUGUCCCGGGAAUGACGCUUAUCCCGGGAAUAACACCUAUCCCGGGAAUGACACUUAUCCCGGGAAUAACGCUUAUCCCGGGAAUAACGCUUAUCCCGGGAAUAACGCUUAUCCCGGGAAUAACGCUUAUCCCGGCAAUAAAGCCCAGGACUUGCUUCUGCCAGAGCCUGUGGCCGCAAAGAGCUCCAGAGUUGGACUCGAUGAUCCUGGUGGUCCCUCCCAGCUCCAGGAUUUCGUGCCACAGGGCAUCAUCUCCCCUGGGAUCAUCCCGUUCCCCCCGGAGAGGUUGGGGACAUUCCAGGUGUUUCGUCUCCCAUUGUUAAUCCUGCUGCGUCUUCGGGAUGGGCUCCGAAGGUUGCAUUUGAGGGAUGAAAUUUCGGGAUUUGGGGACCCUUUGGAGCGGCCUGGUGUGAAAAACGCCUCUGUCCUGAUGCUGUCAGCUUUUGUAGGUUCUGCAUUAAAACCGGGCGCGUUAUUCCGCACGGGAAUAAAUUCUGUGCUUAUUUAUUUA